UACGAUUUUCAUAACGGUUUACGAAAUAUUUACGGAAAUACCAAAAAUGUCUAGAAUUAUUUAAAAAUGUAUUAAACUCAAACUUCGACUUCAAGUCGGCACGGGUUAACUUUAUUUGAUUGACCUAAAAUUUCUUGCAGUUCAUUUUUAUAUGUAUACACACCGAUUUAGGGGGUGAGAAUAAAAAUAUAUCAUUAUUUUUUUUCCCCUAUGGCUAAGGAACACCCUAGUGACUGCACUAGUGAUAUGCACUGUAUAUAGUUAAUGUUUGUGCCGUAGUUAGUACUCUAAUAAAAUAGAUUUUAUGAUAUUUAAAAGGCACCUAUCAUUAAAUAUUGUCAAUUUAUAAAUUACUUAAGUAAAUAUUCUUUUCAAAUGUAAUUCAAAUAAUAAAAGGAAAGUUUCUGAGCAUUUUAAAUACAUUUUUACACUUUUUUUUGUGGAUAAAAACUAUUAACUAACUGAUUAAUAGUUAUUCAAAUUGCAUUGUUUCUAGGAUAUUCAUCCAAUGCAUUGAUGAUUGUUGACAAAGCUAAGAUAUAUACUAACAGCGUACAUGGACUGAAUUCACCAGGUGAUCGUGUCACAGAAUUUUUAAUUGAUCCUGAAAUUAGAGUACUCAAUAAUCUACCAACUUUGCCAUACACUGAAUCAUUUAUGGUUGCAUCUUGUGAUAAUAAUGGACAUCAUUUAUAUGUCACGGACACAUACGGCACCAUAUCACAUGUUCUUGCUAGUGCCGUAGGAAGAAAAAGUGAUCUGAUAACAAAUUUUUUGGUUGAAAAUUAUUCAGCUGCUAACAAAAGUAUUUUAGGAACUAUAGAGUUUGCUUUGAAGACACUGUGCGUAAUCACUAAACCAGACGCUAAAUUUAUUGAUGUUUCAGUUACAGCAUUUAAUAGACCAUUCGAAGUUGUUGAUAAAAGCAUAGUCAGUCAAUUUUUAUCAACGAUUGAGUUCUCAAGAAUAGUUAAUGCUACAGUAAAAAUGAAUAAUAUUAUAUAAUAUUAUGAUGAAA